AGCGGCCGAGCCGUCCGUGCGCCCCGGCCAGCCGCGGAGACGCGGCCGCGAGCCCGGGCCACCAUGACCUGGAGCGCCGCGGCGCGGGGCGCGCACCAGCCCGACAACACCGCCUUCACGCAGCAGCGCCUCCCCGCCUGGCAGCCGCUGCUGUCGGCGGGCAUCACGCUGCCGCUCUUCUUCUGCGCCGGCCUGGCCUUCCUCGGGCUGGGCCUGGGGCUGUACUACUCGUCCAACGCCAUCCAGGAGCUGGAGCACGACUACACGGGCGACGCGGACGCGGGCAGCUGCGCCGCGUGCGCCGCCCAGGGCCAGGGCCGCGCGCCGCCGCCGCCCUGCUCGUGCUCCUGGCACUUCACGCUGUCCGAGCUCUUCCCGGGGCCGGUGUACCUCUACUACGAGCUGACGGGCUUCUACCAGAACAACCGGCGCUACGGCGUGUCCCGCGACGACGCGCAGCUCAGCGGGCUGGUCAGCGCGCUGCGCCACCCGGCCAACGAGUGCGCCCCCUACCAGUUCUCCGCCGCCGGCCUGCCGGUGGCGCCCUGCGGCGCCGUCGCCAACAGCCUGUUCAACGACACCUUCUCGCUGUGGCACCAGCGCCAAUCCGGCGGGCCCUACGUGGAGGUGCCGCUGGACCGCGCGGCCAUCGCCUGGUGGACCGACUACCACAUCAAGUUCCGCAACCCGCCGCUCGUCAACGGCAGCCUGGCGCUCGCCUUCCGGGGCACCGCGCCGCCCCCCAACUGGCGCCGGCCGGUGUAUGAGCUGAGCCCGGAUCCAAACAACACCGGCUUCGUCAACCAGGACUUCGUGGUGUGGAUGCGCACGGCCGCGCUGCCCACCUUCCGCAAGCUGUACGCGCGCAUCCGCCAGGGCAACUACUCGGCCGGCCUGCCCAGCGGCGCGUACCGCGUGGACAUCGCCUACAACUACCCGGUGCGCGCCUUCGGCGGCCACAAGCUCCUGGUGUUCAGCAACAUCUCAUGGAUGGGCGGCAAGAACCCGUUCCUGGGCAUCGCCUAUCUGGUUGUCGGCUCUCUCUGCAUCGUGGUGGGCUUCGUCAUGCUGGCCGUCUACAUUCGCUACCAGGACCAGGACGACGAUGAAAACGACGAUGAGUGAGGCCAGCUCUGGGAGGGGGGCUUUCAGCUUUGUGUCAGAGGCCUUCAGAGCUCCCCUGGCGCCCCUCUAUCACCUUCCGCCCAAUAUCGAGCUCACCUCACUUUGCCUGCUGUUGUGGAUAGAGGGACCAGAGGAAGGGCCUCUGCUCCUUCUCUUGGGCUGCCACUCUCCGGUUGGCCUGGGGGCUUGGGAGGGCGGGGGAAACCUUGCAGAUUCUCCAUCUACUUUAAGGUGUACCAAGUCGACAUGUCUUAACGACUGUAGAAUUCCAGCACCCCACCGAACCCUAGAGACUCCCAUUCGACGACCCUUACGGGACCAGCGAUUGACAGACCCGGGAUGUUCUUAUUUAAUUUCAGGCAGCCGGCGAGUGACGCCCCACUUGAGCAGCAGAGCUUGGCUUGGAGCAUGAGCUGUAGAGUCUGGUAGGGGGUUGGACUCGAGAGUGCGGCCCACGGUUAAUCAGCAGAAACACAGACAGUGGGGGAGAAUAUGCUUGUUAUCCGUAGAUUACCACCAACCCCCCAGCCUUGACUCGCCAAGGCUGGCAUGAAUCACUCCAAGUCGUGUCUAACAAGAUCCUCUGGAGUUUCCUGUAUUCCCUCGAAUGUGAGGAUUGCACUCUUGGCCUGAAGUGGUUACCUGAGUUCAGUAACCUGGGUUCUCUUCUCCGGCUAGUCGUUUGUUCCUAGUGGCCUGCCCAUCUCAGGGCGGCCUUAAACAGAGGAAGGUCUCUGUCUGUGGAACAAAUGGGGAAAGAUACUUUUGCUGGGAAACUUGGCAAAUGGAUUUGUGCCGGGUGUGUGUCCACUCAUCCAGUGUCUGGGUGGAAAACAGACUUGGCCAGAGGCUUCUUAGAAGCUGGAAGAUGCCAAUAAAUGGCUCAGGGAGGAUAUUCCUACCUUAAAAGCUUCAAGCUGGGAGGAAUCUUAGAGGGAAAGCCAUCGGCGGCAGUCCAUCCUCUGGGUCCUGACAAUCAUUGUACUGUGUUGUCCAAUUGAUUUUAAUGUUUAAGAGGAAGGCUUCAUUCAUGGCCUUUCUCUUAGAUCUGAAACAGAAGGGGUUGUAUUUAUGUUCUCA